AUGUUGCCAACUAUGGUCAUUUUUGCAACACUAGUUUACCUGGCUAUAUACUGGCUGAUUUUGCCUGUUUUACGUUACGUCCGCGAUCCAAAAGGCCUCCGAAGAUUCGAAAACUACUCCAUCUUCUCUGGUAUUACGGAUGUUCCUUAUUGCUAUUUGAGCGCCUGCGGCUUUCGAUCAAGAGACCUCACAGAGGCACACAAAAGUUCUGCCAUCCUGCGAAUCGGUCCCAACAGUCUCUCGUUUGGCGACAUUCGUGCAGUCCGGGAUAUCUAUGGGCACUCAACUUCCUGUGUCAAGGAUCUCAAAUAUGCAAUCACGGGUGGUCCUCAUCCCAAUUUGUUUGAUGUGGUGAACAAAGCAGAUCAUAGCGCGAAGAGGAAAAGGCUCUCGGCUGCAUUCGCUAUCAAAAACCUUGUACAAUGGGAGUUUAAAGUCGCGUUUACUACAAAGCGACUUCUGAAUGCCUUCGAUAAGCUCUGUACGCAACCGUUGCCGACAAAUUCCUUUCCCGACCCUUCCGACCUGACUGUGGAUUUCAACCACUGGAUCAACCUUUUUACAAUUGAGGCAAUCAAUAAUAUUGCACUGUCCUCGACGUUAGGUCUUCUGGAAAAAGGAGAUGACCUCGUCACUGCGCAGCGAAUGGACGGUUCAACCUACCAGGCACACUACCGCAAGGCUCAGAAUCAGAGUGCCUUCGUUGUAUCUCACUUUGUGUGGGACUACGGCAAUUUCAAGUUGUUUAGUUGGAUCUCUAAGCUUUUCCCUAAGUGGCGGAGAGUUUGGAAAGAUGCAGAGCCGUGGAAGGACGUUAUCUAUCACCAAGCCGUCACUCGCAUGAAGCGACAUGAAAAUGGAGAAGACCUUGAUGACUUUUUUUCAACAAUGAUGAAUGACAAGGCUGGCGAGCCACAUAAUUUGGAAUGGGGCGAGAUUGUUGGCGAAAUUGGUGCCAUUAUCGAUGCCGGUGCCGAUACCACAGCCAUUGCCUUGACUCAGCUCAUCGAUCUCCUCAUUCGCCAUCCGGAGCAUUUGGAGACUCUUAGGCAGGAAGUUGAUGGCGUUCUCACUGAAGAUGAAAUCGUCGCUCCAUAUGACACUGUCAAGCAUCUCCCUUUCCUACGCGCUUGUCUUGAUGAGGCUAUGCGGGUAAUUCCCCCUACCUCGGCAGGCCUACCUCGCCGAACGCCCCCCGAGGGUGGGAUGGUCCUUGGUGAAUGGAUACCAGGUGAUACGAGCGUAUCUAUGACAAUCUACGGUGCACACCAUAAUCCGACUGUGUUUCCGAAUCCGGAUGAGUUCCAACCCCAUCGUUGGAUGGAUCCUGAAGAGAGGAAAAGAAUGGAGCCAUAUUUUAUCCCUUUUUCGACAGGGGCAAGAGGUUGCAUUGGCCGGAAUAUCUCGUAUCUAGAGCAAACUGUCAUGCUCGCUUCUUUGGUGCACCGAUAUGAGUUUGCAUUACCGAGUCCUGAGUGGAAGUUGACGCGGCAUGAGGCAUUUAACCUUUUGAUGGGCGAUAUGCCUAUCAAGCUUUGGCGGAGAAAGAUUUCUGCUGGAUACUAG